AAAGGCCUGCUAUAGUUCAGAAUAUCACGUUUGGAAAAUAUGAGAAAACUCAUGUCUGCAAUUUGAAGAAAUUUAAAGUCUUUGGUGGAAUGAAUGAAGAAAAUAUGACAGAGCUAUUGUCUAGUGGUUUAAAAAAUGAUUAUAACAAAGAAACAUUCACCUUGAAGCAUAAAAUUGAUGAACAGAUGUUCCCUUGUCGAUUUAUUAAGAUAGUUCCACUCUUGUCCUGGGGACCCAGUUUUAACUUUAGCAUCUGGUAUGUUGAACUUAGUGGAAUUGAUGAUCCUGAUGUAGUACAACCGUGUCUCAACUGGUACAGCAAGUACCGUGAACAGGAAGCCAUUCGCCUUUGCCUAAAACAUUUCAGACAACACAACUAUACAGAGGCUUUUGAAUCACUGCAAAAGAAAACUAAGAUAGCACUGGAGCAUCCUAUGUUAACAGAUCUGCACGACAAACUGGUGUUGAAGGGUGAUUUUGAUGCUUGCGAAGAAUUGAUUGAGAAAGCUGUAAAUGAUGGCUUGUUCAAUCAGUAUAUCAGUCAACAAGAAUAUAAGCCACGAUGGAGUCAGAUCAUUCCCAAAAGCACCAAAGGUGAUGGAGAAGAUAACCGACCAGGAAUGAGAGGGGGCCAUCAGAUGGUUAUUGAUGUUCAAACAGAGACUGUUUAUUUGUUUGGUGGCUGGGAUGGAACACAGGAUCUUGCUGACUUCUGGGCAUACAGUGUGAAGGAGAACCAGUGGACAUGUAUCUCCAGAGACACUGAAAAAGAGAAUGGUCCAAGUGCCAGAUCAUGUCAUAAAAUGUGCAUUGACAUUCAACGAAGGCAAAUCUACACAUUGGGACGUUAUUUGGAUUCCUCUGUGAGGAACAGUAAAUCUCUGAAAAGUGAUUUCUACCGUUAUGACAUUGAUACAAACAUAUGGAUGUUACUAAGUGAAGAUACUGCUGCUGAUGGAGGACCAAAAUUGGUGUUUGAUCAUCAGAUGUGUAUGGAUUCAGAAAAACAUAUGAUCUACACCUUUGGUGGUAGAAUUUUGACAUGUAAUGGCAGCGUAGAUGACAGCAGAGCCAGUGAACCACAAUUCAGUGGGUUGUUUGCUUUCAACUGUCAAUGUCAAACCUGGAAACUUCUUCGAGAGGAUUCCUGUAAUGCUGGGCCUGAAGAUAUCCAAUCUCGGAUAGGACACUGCAUGUUAUUCCACUCAAAAAAUCGUUGCUUAUAUGUAUUUGGUGGCCAGAGAUCAAAAACCUAUUUGAAUGAUUUCUUUAGUUAUGAUGUGGACUCUGAUCAUGUAGACAUAAUAUCAGAUGGCACGAAGAAAGACUCUGGGAUGGUUCCAAUGACAGGAUUCACACAGAGAGCAACUAUCGAUCCAGAACUAAAUGAAAUACAUGUCUUAUCUGGGCUCAGCAAAGACAAGGAAAAGAGAGAAGAGAAUGUCAGAAAUUCAUUCUGGAUUUAUGACAUUGUGAGGAAUAGUUGGUCUUGUGUCUAUAAGAAUGAUCAAGCUGCAAAAGAUAAUCCAAGUAAAAGUCUACAAGAGGAAGAACCAUGUCCAAGAUUUGCCCAUCAGCUUGUUUAUGAUGAAUUACAUAAGGUUCAUUACUUAUUUGGUGGUAAUCCUGGAAAAUCUUGUUCUCCAAAGAUGAGACUUGAUGACUUCUGGUCACUGAAACUAUGUCGACCUUCAAAAGAUUACUUACUGAGGCACUGCAAGUACCUUAUAAGAAAACACAGGUUUGAAGAAAAGGCCCAAAUAGAUCCUCUUAGUGCUCUAAAAUAUUUGCAAAAUGAUCUUUAUAUAACUGUGGAUCAUUCAGACCCAGAAGAGACAAAAGAGUUCCAGCUCCUAGCUUCUGCUCUAUUCAAAUCUGGUUCAGAUUUUACAGCUUUAGCAUGACUCCUCCUAAAGGCAACCUGGUAGACCUCAUCACUCUGUAACUGAAGAGUCACUGGGCACACAAGUGGAGAACAGGAGUCACUUUCAGUGUUUGGAUUGCAAUUCUGUUGACUGAAGUGAAGCUGCAGUGAUUGAGGACUGCACCGGCGUGUUGAAGGGAUCUUUACCGUCACAAGUUUUAACCCCCUUCCUUCAUACCUCAUCUCAACCCCAUUCUCCUCUUCUUAUUUCUAAAUUAGGCUAAUAAAGUGAAAUUGGUAUUCUUUCCAUUUAAAUAUA